AUGUCGGACGUUUUUGACCAAAUCGAGAUUAUAAGUCUGGACGAUGUGGAUUCCGGUUAUGGCAGAAGCAUAUCAAACAAUGAUGACGAUUUGGAAGCGGAGAUUGAUGACUUGGAAGUGGAACCAUGGGACCCAACGAUAUAUGAAGAAGCGUUUGCUGAGAUUCAUCUACACCUUCGGAAAACAAUCAGCCGACUUCCUUUCAUAUCAAAAUUUGUCAUCUCAACCAAGUUCUUCACAAUUCACUUCACUUUUGUGCCUUUCAUUAUUUUUGAAUCAUUAAUAUUAGCAUUUUAUUUACUGAAUAAAUUAUCAGCAUAA